AGCCCCCCGGGCCCUCGCCGGCGCCUGCGCGCGCGCGCCGGAAGGCGUCGCUGGGCACAGGGGCAUGCCGGGCGACCCCUGGCGCGGCGGAUACUGCGCGGCCGUCGGCGAGGAGGAGGGGACGCCCGGGGCUCGCUGGAGGCGGCUCGCCGCUGCGGCGCCGUUGGCGACGCUGCCGCUGGCCCUGCUCGGCGGCGCGCUGGCGCUGCGGGGCGGCCCCGCGGCGCAGCGCGUGGCGCAGCGCGCGGCGCGCCCGCAGCUCCUGCUGGCGGAGUUCGAGCGGCGCGGCCAGGAUGUUGGAUCUGGCACCGACGCGGAGUCGGUGGCCGCGGUCGCGCUCGAGCCGUUCACUUGCGGCAAGUAUGGAUGCCUAGACGUCCGCAGCAUGGCCGCCUGCGGUUGCAGCCAGUACUGCCAGGAGGAUGGCAAUUGCUGCCCCGACUACACGGCAGUGUGCGCGCCGGCCAGGAUCCAGCAGGGCCUGGGCGCAUGGGGUGGUUGCCCACAAGGUGCGGCUCCUCCCAUGCCGCAGGUGCCGGGGUACAGCCCCGUGGGCGAGGCGUUGAGGGUGAAGGUGCUGUCAUACAACCCAGAAUGGUGGCACGUCAUCGAGCAGCUCGGUGGCAACAGCAACAGUGCUGCGCGGCUCAUCUCGCAGGGCGGACCCAGCCUUUCGACAUCAUCGGCUUCCAGGAGUUCUACGACCCCUGGUGGGGCCUCGCCAGGCCCGGGUACGACGCCUCCGAGCUGCUGCGGGACUACGCCUACGUGCGGGGCGAGCCAGGCGGACCCGUCGGUACGGUCAUCGGCUUCCGGAACGCGAGCUGGUCGCUGCUGGGCAAGGGGCAGCGCUUCGUGGCCGAGGACGAGGAGGGCCCCAUGUACUUCGGCACCGCGAAGGACAAAUAUUUCGGAUGAGUAAGAGGGACCGAUGCCGUGGCCCUAGCCUCGUUUUCGCCGUUUUAGGCCUCCAGGGAGGCCCUUUUCGCCACCUCUGGAUUCGCUUCGAAAGUCUGGUCAGAACGAGCCCCAAAGAGUUCUGAGGGAGCUGCGGUAUCGGAGUACCGAUUCGCUGCCCUAAGAACGGCGACGUCCGAACCCUACCCUCGCCGAUUCACGAUUCCUGCAACCCGAUGGGCGGCGGGGGUAGGGCUCGCAAUUCGGCGAACACGUGGGGAAAUCCGAAUCCUACUACCCCCACUCUCAUGGAUUCAGCAGAAUCGAUGGUGAGUGGGUGGUUAGGGUUCGGAAGUCGCCACCUAGACAAGACAGAACGGCGCGAACAUAAGCUUUCGGAGCGCCGCGCGGAUUUCUUGGAUCUGCGCUGGACGUCCAUGGCGGCGCCUCCGGCUCCCUCUCUGGCGCGCUCCGCGAGCCAGAGAGUGGGUCCCUGCUCCAGGGACUCCGCGCGGAGCUCUGAAAGCUCGCUUUUUGACGCCCCUCUUUG